AUGACCACCCUAUCAACCCCCAUCCGCCGCGUCCUCACUGCGAGCGACGCCAAAGGCAACGGCUACUUCGCCUCCGAUGACCUCCUCACUCCCUACGAUCCCACAACGACACCAGACUUUUCAGUGCCAACUGAAGAGUCAGCAUUCGGCGUCAUCCAAAUCCACCGCUCGCGUGGCUUCCCCGUCGACAAUCAACGCCCCCUAGACAAGGAACCACACAGAACCCUUGUGCCGCUGGCAGAAACUAAGGGUCCCUCGGCACGCAUCAUUGAUCUCCCUCCCGGCCAGGAGGGGGGCUGGAUGCAUCGUACGCUCAGUCUGGAUUAUUGCGUUGUGCUCAGCGGAUCGGUGACGUUCAUUACUGAUGGGGAAGAAGAGAAGACGCUCAAGGAGCACGAUGUUAUUGUUACGAGGGGUGUGAAUCAUGCAUGGGUUAAUCGUGGAGAGACUGUGGCUAGGGUUUUUGCAGUUGUUGUGCCGGCUUUGCCGAUUGUGACGGAGGAUGGAGUGGAACUGGAAAAGACUCCAGCGGGGGAUGUUUUUGAUCCGAAGGAGGAGGAUGAUUAG